UGCGAAACAGCAACAUCGGCGCGAAAAGUAAACACACGACAUCGUUUGAACUUUUGCCAUGAUUUUUGGGAUUUUUGCUACAUUUUUUUACGUUUUUGUUGUAUAAUUAAACUAAACAGGAUUACCGGUUCGUUUGAUACAUGUUACGUUCGUUAUUCGUCGUUGGUGUAAGACAAUUUUGUUCAACGACCAAAGCCGGCAAUGCCACAGUCAUGAAGUACCUGAACGUAGCGGAGAAAAACGAUGCGGCCAAAAACAUUGCCGGUUUGCUUUCGCGAGGAUCCUCGUACCGGCGUGAAGGAUACUCUCCGUACAAUAAGAUCUACGAGUUCAACUACAGUAUCCGGGGCCAGCAGGUGCAGAUGGUGAUGACCUCGGUGUCGGGUCACUUACUAAACCAUGAGUUUCUGCCUUCGUUUCGUGGUUGGCACAGUUGCAAUCCGGAGCAACUUUUUGAUGCCCCGGUCCGAAAAAGCUGCACCGAGAACAUGGAUAAAAUCAAAAAAACUCUAGAGAGGGAAGUUAGACACUGUCAAACGUUGGUCAUCUGGACCGAUUGCGAUCGAGAGGGGGAGAACAUUGGGUUUGAGAUCAUCGAAGUUUGUCGGGCGAUCAAACCGGGGAUCCAAGUGUUGAGGGCGAAAUUUUCCGAAAUAACAGCCGCUUCGAUCAAGAGGGCGGUUGAGAACCUGGCGGCGCCGGAUGAGCUGCAGAGCGAGGCGGUCAAUGUGCGCAGCGAGUUGGAUCUCCGAAUCGGGGCAGCAUUUACUCGGUUUCAGACGCUUAGGUUGCAAAAUGUGUUCCCCGCGAAGAUCGUCAACAAUCUGGUGUCGUACGGGAGUUGUCAAAUUCCGACGCUGGGGUUUGUCGCUAACCGGUACAAGGAGAUCGAGAGGUUUAUUCCCCAGCAGUUCUGGAAAAUAAAAUUGAAUCACACCAUCGAAGAGCUGACCGUGGAGUUCAACUGGGCUAGGAAUCGCCUGUUCGAUAAGCAAUGCUGCGAGGCAUAUUUGAUGUUGUGCCAAUCGGAACCGCUGGUGAAAAUUGUCAGCGUCACGAACAAACCUAAAAGCAAGUGGCGCCCAACGCCGUUGGAUACGGUUGAGCUGGAGAAAUUGGGCUCGAGAAAGCUGAGAAUCAAUGCAAAACAAACGAUGACGAUAGCGGAAAAACUUUACACGCAAGGUAUCAUAAGUUAUCCUCGUACCGAAACCAACAUGUUCACAAAUGAUAUGAAGCUGGCGCCGCUGGUGGAGCAACAGCUGGACGAUCCUGAAUGGGGAGGGUUUGCGCAGAAAGUGCUUCAAUGGGGACCAAAUCCCAGAAACGGGAAGAAAUCCGAUCAGGCGCAUCCCCCCAUUCAUCCGACCAAGUACGUGACCAACCUAACGGGCAACGAGAAGAAGAUCUACGAGCUCGUGGUUCGGCACUUCCUGGCUUGCAUCAGCAGGGAUGCCGUUGGGUCGGAGACCGUUGUCAAUGCAAUCUUGGCGGAGGAAGAGUUCACGGCUUCCGGGUUGUGCAUCCUGGAACGAAACUAUCUGGAAGUGUAUCCGUACGAUCGGUGGAAUUCGAAGGAAAUCCAUCCUUAUCAGGUGGGUCAUACGUUUGAACCAACGGAGCUGUCCUUGCACGAGGGAUCGACGACGGCACCGAACAUGCUAACAGAAGCAGAUUUGAUUGCAUUGAUGGAAAAGCAUGGCAUCGGAACUGAUGCAACCCACGCGGAACAUAUCAACACGAUCAAGGAACGUGGUUACAUUGGGGAAGCUGAAGGUAGAUAUCUGGUUCCAGGGACGUUGGGUAUGGGAUUGGUAGAAGGCUACGAAGCGAUGGACCUUUCCCUUGCUCAACCAGAACUUCGAGCUGGGCUUGAAGCUGAUCUAAAACUGAUAUGCGAGGGCAGGAAAGAUCCAAAGGUUGUUCUGGCCGAGCAAAUUCAGAAAUACAAGGAAGCCUAUCGGGUGAUUACUGAAAAAGCGAGGGCCCUUGACCAGGCCAUAUCACAACGUUUGAACGAGCCGCCGAGGGACGCUCCUGUUAAUCAGUUUACUUCCGCCGGUAACAAUCCGUUACAGGAAGUAUGCAAAUGUCCCAAAUGUUCACAGAUGAUGGCUCUCAAAAAGAAGAAAGAUGGCAUCGGUUACUACCUGGGGUGUCUCGGAUUUCCUGAUUGUAGAAACUCUGUAUGGUUCGACGAGAACAUCAAAGAAGCCUCCGGAACCGACGAGAUAUGUCCGAGAUGUGGGGGAUCUAACAAGAAAAUGACCGUCAAGUUCAAACAAAUGCGAUUCUACGGAAUGCUGAACCACACGAGCAACGAUUCGUACAAAACCUGCAUUGUCUGUGACAAUACGUUCCGCGAAAUUCUCGGAAUUGACGAAGGCCUUGUGCGACAGUUCCGGUCCAGUGGAAUUCGAGCGGAUGUAACGAUCCCGCGGAGAGGGAAUGCACCUACAGGCAACACCACUCGCCCAGCAAAUCCCUCCAGCCGUCCGACAUUCCCAAGCAACCCGUCCAGUGGCCGAGGAACCGGGAGCGGGUCCAGCAAUACUAGCCGUAACGGAUGGAGCUCCCACAAUGACAACGACGAUGACUUUCGAGGCGGUGGUGGCGGAGCAAUCUCUACCGGAAGUCGUCCGAAUACGAAUAGCUCGAGCAGCGGAUGGGGCGGUAACAAUAGCAGUAGGAAUUCUUCGAACCCCUCGCAAAAUCGACCAACUGCUACGAGACCCAACCAGCCCAGUAGUGAACACUCGUGGAGUCGGAACAGGAACUCCAGUGGAGGAGCGGACGAUGGAGAAGUUCGAUGCGGGUGCAAUCUGCCGGCAAAAUCGCUCACCGUCAAGAAGGACGGCCCCAACAAGGGGCGACCGUUCUUUACCUGUCCAAUGGAACAAGGCAAACAGUGUGGGUUCUUCAAGUGGGGCGACGAGGACAAUGCACCGCAGUCAGGAUCAUCCUCGAGUAAUUGGGGCGGACAGAGUAGACCUCCACCUCCGCCACCGCAGGAUAGUUUUGGUAGGGGUGGACCAUCCUCGUCCGGUUGGGGACGAACCAACAACGAUGGGAAGUCGAAGGGUUCCGGUCAGAGGGGAGGAGAUCGUCCGAAGGCAACACGGAAAUGCGGGUUCUGCAGGCAGGAAGGUCACACCAAGGCCAAGUGUCCACAGCGGAGUAAUAGUGAUUUUUGAACGCUUUAUGGUAAGCGUUAAUAGGUAGAGUAUUAUGAAUGAUGUUUUUUUUUGUUGUAUAAAAGUCAACUGAAACGUUUG